ACUUACGUUGAUUACGUAUAGUAUUAAAGUGAUAAAUAAUUAUAGUUUUAUAGUGAUCAUUUACAAUCAAAUUGUGUUUUUACUUUCUCAUAAUUAUGACACUACGAGUGAGCUGAUUAUUAUGUAGCAUUAGACUUUAGCUUGAGAUAAAAUCUCAUUUUCAACCCUAACUUGAUCUGGGAGAAAAACAAUACUAUUAUUUUUUUCACAAAUUCUUGUGAGAGAAGAUCUCUUUCAGAGUCUUUUAUUAGGCUGGCCUAUAAAGGAAAAUGUAGAGUAACUGACUCAGGGUAUUAAAGAUAUUGUAAGUAGGCGUUUAAAAUAUUGUAAAUAGGCAUUAAGGAUAAAGUAAGUAGACAUUUAAGGAUGAUGAAAGUAAGUAUUAAAGAUACGGUAAGUAGGCAUUAAGAAUAUUGUAAGUAGGCUUUAAUAAUUUCAUAAGUAGGCAUUACGAAUGAUGUAAAUAGGCAUUAAGGAUACAGUAAGUAAGCAUUAAUCUUUAACGAGUUAGGCUUGAGUGACGUGCCUUAGAGAGACGACAUUUCAGGAGACCAGCUAUAUUUUCUUUAGACUUUCCGCAAACAUUUAUAUUUUCUUCGUUGUCCAUCACUGAUUAGUGGUAACUUAUUAAUUGCAAUUUGUAAGGAGUUAAAUCGUAUACUUCAUUUACAUUAUUAAAGGGUUAAAAGUUAAAUCAUAUACUUCUACCAGAAGUGUCAAAGAUUCUUAAUGUUAAUAAUAAUUUAUACAAUUUGUAAGUACUUAUUAAUUGCAAAAUACUCCCAUAUAUCCUAAGUGACAAAUGUUUUUUUUUUGUGGGAAGACAAAAAAUGUCUGAUCAACUUAGUAUUCAAGAAUCCAGAAAACGUGCAAGGGAGUAUGUGGAUAAAGAUAAGAAAGUUGUUAUGGCGGUUGUAGGUUUUUUCAUGACUGUUAUUGUGCCUUGGUUUGAUUGAGGUAUGGAGUAAAGGAAAUAACAUGGAAUCAACAAGAACGUAUGAAUAGACGAACUAUUUGGAUGGACACGUUGAUGAAUGAUAUAAUAUGUAGGGAGCAAUUACGUCUAGACAAAUGUUGUUUUGAAAAAUUGUGCAAUAUUUUACAAUCCAAGGGUGGUUUAGUGACUACAAGAUAUGUUACAGUGAAAGAAAUUGUUGCAAUGUUUCUUCAUGUUCUUGCACAUGAUUUGAAAAAUAGAACAUUACAAGCAACCUUUGCACGUUUUGGAGAGACUAUUAGUCGACAAUUCCAUGUAGUUCUUAAAGCACUGCUCAAGCUUGGAAAGUAUUAUAUAAAACCAUGUAAUAACCAGAGCAAUUACACAAAGGAUACAAAGUGGAAUAGGUUUGAGGGCGUUGCUGGAGCUCUCGAUGGGACUCAUAUUAAAAUGACUGUGCCUACUGAGGAUCGAGCUCGAUACCGAGAUAGAAAGGGGGACAUUAGCACCAAUGUUUUAGCUGCAUGUGAUUCAAAUCUUCGUUUUACUUACGUUUUGCCUGGUUAGGAAGGUUCUGCUUCGGAUCCACGCGUUCUUCGUGAUGCUCUUCAAAGGCCUAAUGGUUUGAAGAUUCCUAGAAGUAAGACUUUAUAUGUGUAAGAACAACCUAUUAAUUUACACCAAAUGUAAAAUGAAAUGCUAAUAUAUGUAUAAUAAUUAUAUAAUGCAGAUAAGUAUUUUCU